AUUGGUAUAAAACAGCUCCAAUGUACUACAAAGGAUUCUAUCAUUUGUUCUACCAAUACAAUCCAAAAGGUGCUGUGUGGGGCAAUAUUGUGUGGGCUCAUUCUGUAUCAAAAGACAUGAUCAAUUGGAUUCCAUUAGAACCAGCAAUCGUACCAUCGAAGCCUUUUGAUAAGUACGGAUGUUGGUCCGGUUCAGCCACAAUUCUUCCAGGAAACAAACCGGUUAUUUUGUACACCGGUAUAAUCAACAACAAGCCGGCACCAGGUUACCAGGUCCAAAACUACGCCAUACCGGCAAACUAUUCUGAUCCACUUCUCCGGGAAUGGAUUAAACCCGAUGAUAAUCCGAUUGUCAAACCGACGUCCGAGAACGUGUCAUCUUUCCGUGACCCCACUACAGCUUGGUUCAACAACGGUCAUUGGAAAAUGAUUGUCGGAAGCAAAUAUAAGCAGAGAGGCAUUGUCUACUUGUACCGAAGCCGGGAUUUCCGUAAGUGGACCAAGGCCAAACAUACACUCCAUGAUAAACCGGAUACCGGUAUGUGGGAAUGUCCGGAUUUUUUCCCGGUAUCGCCUCGUGGAUCAAAGGGGCUGGAAACAUCAGUGUUGGGGAGAAAAAUUAAACACGUUUUUAAGGUUAGCCUUGACUUGACUCGGUUCGAGUAUUACACUAUUGGAACUUACAACCCAAUUACGGACAAAUACUAUCCAGACAAAAAUUCGGUAGACGGUUGGGCUGGGCUACGAUACGAUUACGGAAACUUUUACGCUUCAAAGACAUUUUUUGACCCGGCCCAAAACCGUAGGAUUCUUUGGGGUUGGGCUAAUGAGUCCAGCACAAGUUUUGAAGAUGUCACAAAAGGAUGGGCUGGAAUUCAGUUGAUUCCACGUAAGGUGUGGCUGGACCCCAGUGGAAAGCAAUUGCUACAAUGGCCAAUUCGUGAGUUGGAAAAACUAAGAUGUGACAGGGUGCACCUAAGCAGUAAGAAGCUUAACAUGGGUGAUGUUGUUGAGGUUAAAGGAAUUACUGCUGCCCAGGCCGAUGUUGAGGUGGUGUUUAAGUUUUCGAAUUUGGAUGAAGCCGAGACAUUUGAUUCGAAAUGGUCUGAAUUACCCUCAGAAAAUCUUGCAAUGGAGAUAUGUGGGAUGAAGGGCACUACUAAAGAAGGGGGGUUGGGACCUUUUGGUCUUUUGACAUUGGCUUCGAGCAACCUUCAAGAAUACACUCCUGUUUUCUUUAGGGUUUUCAAGACACUUGACAAAAAAUACAAAGUUCUUAUGUGUUCCGAUGCUAAACCUUCGUCGUUGAACCAAAACGAGUACAAGCCAUCUUUUGCAGGGUUUGUGGAUGUUGAUUUAGCAGAAAAGAAGCUUUCUCUUAGAAGUUUGAUUGAUCAUUCAGUUGUAGAAAGCUUUGGAGAGGGCGGGAAGACUGUGAUAACAUCGAGGGUUUAUCCGACACUUGCGGUUGGUGGAGACGCACAUUUGUAUCUAUUUAACAACGGUACCCAGACCAUCAUUGUUGAGAAACUCAAUGCAUGGUCUAUGAACAAGCCUCAGUUCAUGAAUUAGGAACAGAGGUUAAUUAUUUAGUAGAGAAAAGAAUGAUUGAUGUGGCAUUUUUAUUUUAUUAGGGAUUUAAUCUUCUAUCUUAUUAAUGUUAUUUUUUG